AUGUUUUUUUGGUUUUUUGAAUCUCGUAAAAAUCCAAAAAAUUCACCAUUAACAAUAUGGAUUAGUGGCGGUCCCGGUUUUUCUUCAAUGUUUGCGUUGUUUCAAGAAGUUGGUCCUUGUAAAGUAGAAAAGAAUAUAAACACAAGUAUACCAUCUGAAAAUAGUUGGAAUGAAGUGACAAAUUUAUUGUUCAUUGACCAGCCAAUUGGUGCUGGAUUUUCAUAUGGUGCGCAUAUGGUGAAUACGUCAGAACAAGCAGCCUUGGAUAUAUAUCUGUUUUUGCAAAAAUUUUUUACAAAAUUUCCAAAAUAUGCAUCAUUGGAUUUGCAUUUUUUUAGUGAAUCUUAUGGUGGUCAUUAUGUUCCAGCCAUGGCUAAACUUAUUAUACAAAAUAAUCAUAUAAUCAAAAAUGGCAAAUUAGAAGAUUUAAUACAAAUUAAUCUUAAGUCUUGUGGGAUUGGAGGCGCUUGGAUUGACCCUAUUAUUCAAUUGCAAUUAAUCAAGGCGAUGCAUGAUGCAUGGACAUUAUGUAAACAUGAUAUCGAUGAAUGUUAUAAAAUUAAUACGGAAGAUUCUUGCUUCUCAUCCAGUAUGACUUGCCUUGAGAACUAUACUAAUAUCUUUCCUCUAAAUUAUAAUGUUGGCGCUUAUGAUAUUCGUACCCAAAGUGGCUUUCCAGAUCCAGUAUAUACAGGAUACUUGGACAAUCCUUUUGUUUUGAAAUCAAUUGGUGUUAAUAAUAAAGAAGUAACAAACUAUGUAGAAGUUAAUGAGACAAUUUAUUCUAGAUUUGUAAAGGCUGGUGAUGCGAUACAUUCUACAAAGUCUCAUACAGAAUAUCUUCUUGAUAAUAAUGUACCAAUAUUAUUUUUCACUGGUGAUGCUGAUUAUAUUUGCAACUGGUUUGGUGGCAUUAAAAUGGUUGAAUCAUUGAAAUGGAAACAUCGCAAGCAAUUUAGGAAUGCCAUAUUUCAUGAUUGGACUGUGGAUGGAGUAAAAGUUGGCAAAAUUAAAAAAGUUAAAAAUUUAUGGUUUGUUAACGUCUUCGAAUCUGGCCAUUUUGUACCGCAUGAUCAACCAAAGAAUUCACUAGAAUUGUUUAAAAAAUGGAUUGAAU